AGAUCGAGAGUUUGAGCCUCUCUGGAGCCAAUCACUCAAAUAGCCACUGGAUUUUUUUCAUCAAAAACACGAACAUUAGUGAAUUAUUCAAAUUCUAGUAUUUGAAUCUAUUGAUUCUGUAUGCAUUUCCCUCCCUCCCUCAUAACGCAUACCACCCGUAACCCAUUCUCUCCCAAAACCCAUAGGAUGGUCCCUCUACCUAAGUGCGGACAGCACGAACGGCACGAACAACACGGAUAUAGCCAGAAAUAGCCCCUAUUCUUGGUAUAAAAAGGCAACUCACAUCCCACCCUUUUUGCCCUCCCCUCAGAACGACCCUUAGUCGACUCUGCCUCUAAGCGUUUUUUCUUUUUACAUUUGUUACAACGAAUGAAUCACAAUGGCGCCUAACCCCUUCAACAUCGACGAAGUGUUCUACGAAUCGUGCCUGGACAACUCUCGGCAAUUUGGAAACCAGUCGCGAAUCUCCUCAACCUCGACCCUCGUCUCACCCACCGCUUACACGUUCGGCAAGCGCGAGGGCGGCACUGACUCGUCCCAUCUCACCGACCAUUACCCCGCUGCUUAUAAAGACUUCUUCGGUAUGCCCAGCGGCGCUCCCUGCAUCUACAAGUCGGGCCCUGCCUGGCCUGAAUGCACGGGUCCGCAAACGCAGCGCUUCAUCCGCGAGGCGCGCCCUGUCUACGGCCACCCUAUCGCAGGCUCCUGGCUUAAGAUCGGUACAGAAAUCUCCAAGUCCCUCGACUCUCGUGGCAUCAUGUGGACCUCGAUCGACCCCGUCGCCUUCGCCAACGCAGGGGAGAAGACGCCGUUUUGCCCACUCCUUAUGUGGAUCGGUGUGAAGCACAAGACUCUCCCCUUCGACGUGGCGGUGGCUGCUGCUGACGCCAUCAAGGUCAUCCUCAGUCUAGCCGGCUUCCCUGAGAUCGAGGUCGCUUUUCGCGAGUCGGAGGUGACCCACUCUGUUGGUGGUCCGAAGCUCCUCCCCUUCAACCCCCUCCUUGACUCCAUCCCUGAGUUCCGCAAGCCUUUCACGCCCACGCUCGGCCUCUCCAUUGCCCCGCUCAAGAUGCCCCACUACGAGGGCACCGGUGCCCUCUACUUCCACCUCGGCAAAGAUGACGAUGAGCGCGUCGUCCUUCUCACUGCUGCCCACGUCGCUCGCCCUCCUCCUGCGUACGCCUACACGGGCAUGUCGCGCCUGCACCCCAGACAGCGACACGAGUACAUCGUCGCCCUCGGCAGCAUGGGCUACGGGAAUGCCACGAAUGCCAUGAUGACCACCAUCGGCGACCUCGCUCGCUCCAUUGAGGUGUGGAACAAGGUGAUCUCCAGGCUGGGCGAGUUCGUCGAGGGCGAGGAUGCAGCGGUUACCGAUUCACGCAAGUACACCCGGUACGACGUGGAGAGGGCGACGAGGAUGAUCGACGACUUGAACAAGUUUCACGAUGAGGUUACUAAACGCAGGACGCACCCGAACCUGCGAAUCAUCGGCUUCGUUCUCCAUGCUGAGCCCAUUGUCGUCGCCGACGGACCCAUCGAGUUUACGCGUGACUGGGCCUUUAUCCAGCUUUUCCCCGAGAAGAUCAACUGGAGCACCUUCCCGGGAAACAAGGUCUACAUCGGUGGCAGCCUCUCGCCGUCCGACUUCGGCAAGUUCUUGUUCUCGCAGCCCGAGGACCAGGCAGGCUACGAGUACCCGGUCGAUGGGCUCCUCCAGGCCUUUGGCGUCGUGAAGGACGACGAGAUCCGCCAGCCCCAGCAUCUCGACAUCCACGGCGAGAAGGCACUCCUCGUAGUGAAGAACGGCCAGACCACGGGCACCACCAUCGGUCGCGUCAACGGGCUCGAGUCUUUCACUCGUGUCUACACCACCUACGGCGUCAAGUACACAUCCAUCGAGGUCGCCAUCCUGCCCUACACCGACAACGACAAGCUGCGUGGCCCCUUCUCCGCCCCUGGAGAUUCCGGCGCCAUCAUCCUCGACAGGGCUGGCCGCAUCGUCGCCUUGCUCACCGGCGGUGGCGGCACAAACCAUGAGACAGACGUAACCUAUGGAACCCCAUACUGGUGGCUCGAGAAGAAGAUCAAGAAGGCCUUCCCCGACUGCCACCUCUACUAGGUUGUUGCUUAGGUUCAUACAUCUUUUUAAAUGCCAGCUAAAACUCAGGUAGACCUCUUGGACUCAUCGACUCAUCGUGUAGGUCCUGAAUGAGUCGGUUCGUUGUUGGUCGGCCCUUAUACAGACAGUAUCACAUCUUUCUGCUUCUCGGACAGUUGCGGUGUAUCUUUUUGUCUUGUUUUUUUGUACUAUUAUAUGUUGUACUUUGCAAUUAGCAGCAUUUGUGCAUGUAGAACUUUAUCUUUGAUAUCGAACUUUUACUUAAUCGCACACAAGUUAGAAACAUG